ACUACGAAAUGAGGGAGAAUCCAAUAUGCAGUGGGGGUGGCAGGGUUAUGUUCAAGAAACACACUAAUCUGUGACGUACAACGCAGGCGGAGAAAAAUGUCUGUCUCCGGCCAGAGGGCUUUCGCCCAAAAACUUAGCAAGCAACAAGCUGCAGAAGUUCGGCGACAAGUAUGUGGAAGUACAGCCAGCAGUGUUUCAAGUCAUGAAGGAUGCCGCACUUUGAGUGGACAGUCCUUUGGCAGCACUGGAUCAAUGGUAACUUUGACAGAUGUUGUGGACCCACCAGAUUAUGAAGACUUUGUAGUACAGAAUCAGUGCUUAGUAGAACGGGAUCCUUUUAGGGAUCUUUUGCUGUACCCAGAGGAUGAUAUUGAGGUCAUCACAGUGCAGAAACCCUGCCGCACAUUAUCACGGCUGGUGCCAGAACCGGGCGCCGAUAAUGACCCACACAUUAGUGACUGUGUGCGCCGCUACACCUCAGAUUACACCACUGUCAACAGACGGUACCAGGUGUAUAGCUCCAGCCGCUGCAACAAGGAACGGCACACAGAUCAAGGCCUUGUACACCAUGAAUAUGAGAUCGAUGUCGAAGAUCCACCCCUGGACCAGGAGAAAGACAAUAGCAAGCGACAUUCCAUCCACAUGAAUGACACACCACGUGGAAGCUGGGCGAGCAGCAUAUUUGACUUGAAGCAAUCACAGGCAGAUGCGCUUCUCCCUAAGCUGCUUGAACGUGUCACGUAUGAUGAAGUUGAUCGCAACAACGAGGCACAGCGUCAGCAGAAUCGACAAGACUCUAUCUUCUCUCUUUAUCCUUUGGCAGAAGAAGAAGAGCCGGUUGAACGAAGAACUCUGCCUGAGAUACCUAGGGAACAUUUUGGACACCGAAUCCUUGUCAAGUGUCUUAAACUUACGCUGGAAAUGGAAGUAGAACCAGUCUUUGUCUCCAUGGCACUUUAUGACUCCAGGGAACGUAAAAAGAUAUCAGAGACUUUUCACUUUGACUUGAACACAGAGCCAGUGAAACGGAUGCUUUCUAAUCAUGUCUCACACCAUGACACCUCAACGCUCAGCCAUGCCUGCAUUUUUUCAAUUACCUAUCCAUCACCUGACGUGUUUUUGGUAGUAAGGCUGGAGAAAGUGCUUCAGCAAGGGGAUAUAAGUGAGUGUGCAGAGCCAUACAUGAAGGAAGACAAGUCAAUGAAAGAAGAGAAGUACCGGACCCAAGCUGCCCAAUUCUGUGAACGACUGGGUCAGUACCGUAUGCCAUUCGCAUGGACUGCCAUCUAUCUCAUGAACAUUGUCACUGGUGGAGGCUCCAUGGAGCGGGAGACAUCAGUAGAAAAAACAAUGGAUGCUUUACAAGAAACAAAUACCAGCAGAGCAGCAAGUCUAGACAGGAGAAGUGGGCUAGGGGGAAGUCAGUUUGAUUCAUUCCGCUCAAAACGCUCCAAAGAUGAUAACACGCUACUGGGGCGACGUGGAUCCUUUGACAGAGGCCGAAGUGGCUAUGAAAAACAUCGCAGCUGGUCACCUGAUACCUAUGGUGCAAAUCUAGACAACUUUCGCCCAGUUACUCUCACAGUGUCCAGUUUUUUCAAACAGGAGGGUGUGAAGCUCAGUGAUGAAGAUUUGUACAAGUUUCUAGUUGAUCUGAAAAGGCCAUCCUCUGUCCUGAAACGUGUAAAAUGUAUACCAGCCACCCUGAAACUGGACAUAUCUCCAUGCCCAGAAGAAAUCAAGUACUCUUUGACACCAGAAUUGAUGAGAGUUGAACCAUAUCCAGACAGCAAAGGCCGGCCAGUGAAGGAGAUUCUUGAGUUUCCUUCCCGCGAGGUGUAUGUUCCUCAGACCAUUUACAGGAAUCUUCUCUACGUGUACCCAAGAAGCCUGAAUUUUACCAACAGACAAGGUUCAGCCAGAAAUCUGGCUGUUCGUGUGCAGUUCAUGGCUGGAGAGGAUGAAACUCAUGCUCUUCCUGUAAUAUUUGGUAAAUCAAGCUGCCCUGAGUUUACAAGAGAAGCUUUUACAGCAGUUACCUAUCACAACAAGUCACCUGAUUUCUACGAGGAGGUGAAAAUAAAACUGCCUGGACGUUUGUUGCCUACACAUCACCUGCUGUUUACCUUUUACCACAUCAGCUGUCAGGUGAAAAAGAAUGAGCCAACGCCUACUGAGGUGCCUGUAGGAUAUACGUGGAUGCCUCUAUUUCAUGAUGGACGCCUCCCAACGGGGGAUCUGGUGCUUCCAGUCUCCAUUGAGAAACUUCCACCCCACUAUUCCUUGUAUCACCCAGAAGCACAGCUGUCGAACAUGAAGUGGGUUGACAAUCACAAGGGUGUCUUCACUGUGUCCAUCAAAGCUGUAUCUUCAGUGCAUGCUCAGGACGAGCACAUAGACCACUUCAUGAACCUAUGCAACUAUGUACAUGACCAGAAGUUGCCACCUCGCAUGAACGAAAUAGGGUUUGAAAAUGAAUUGAAGCGGAGUAUCAUGGACAUUGUUAAUGGCGAAGGAGAAGCUUUGGUACAGUUUCUGCACCUCAUCCUGGACAAGCUCAUCAGCUUGAUGGUACGGCCACCGGUCAUUGGAGGGAACGUAGCUAACGUGGGACAAGCAACGUUUGAGGCACUGGCACAAGUGGUACGACGUGUUCAUGAGCUGCUGGAGGAUAAGAACGACCAUAAUGGACGCAACACCGUCUUAGCAGCGUACAUUCAUUACUGCUGCACUCUUCCACAUCUGGGGCUUGUGCAUCAAGCUUCUGUACCGCAGCUUGGGAGUCCUUCAGGCUACAACACCCUCGGGCGGCCUUCUUCGCUGCAGCUGGCUAAGCAGAACUACCAGCGAAGCACCAGCAACCCUGAUCUGGCUGGCAAUACACCAACUUCUCCAGAUGCUGAGGUUAUCAGUUUAAUGGGAGGAAAACAGCUGGACAGAACAGGUAGCAUGAAAGGUGAAGACUACCUUGGGACAAACUAUCCAAAAGUUAGAGGAAAAAAGCUUGUACAUGAAGAGCUGGCCUUACAGUGGGUUGUGUCCAGUGGGUCGUCUCGUGAGCUGACUGUCAGCAAUGCCUGGUUCUUCUUUGAACUGAUGGUCAAGGCCAUGGGAGAGCACCUUGCACAGACAGACAAAUUGUGCAUUCCUCGUCAGAUGCGUUUUCCUGACCACUUCAUUGAUGACAUUAAUGCACUAGUGAAAAUGCUCAUAAAAGAUAUUGUUGACAGAUACAUCAAGGAACCUCCACUGAUCAAAAGCCUCAACACCAGCCUUGCAUUUUUCUUGCAUGACCUGCUGUCUUUGAUGGACCGAAGUUUUGUAUACGGACUUAUCAAGGAUUACUACAAGAAUAUGUCUCUGAAAAUAGCGCAGCUCCAAGAUGCAACCAGUUUGCUGCUGCUGCGGCUUGACUUUGUCCGUAUUCUUUGUAGCCAUGAACACUUUUUCCCACUCAAUCUGCCCUUUGGAACACCACUCACACCAUCAGGUCUGAAUAGUCCCACUAGCAGCAUCAGUAGUGCUGCUUCACACAGUUCAUACACUUCUACUAGCACGCUGACCGACAAAGGUGUGUUCUAUGAACUGACCCCCGAGUUCCGGCAGCAGCACUACCUAGUGGGUCUUGUGCUGUCAGAUCUUUCCAACUCAUUUGACGUAAGCAAUUCUGUGGUGCAUCAGCGAGCAAUUGGAGUUUUAUGCAAUCUGCUUUAUAACCAUGACCUGGAUAUCCGCUACACAGACCCACAGAUCAAAGCUCGGUUGGCAGCUCUUUACCUCCCUCUUAUUGGGAUCACUAUGGAGGCUAUGCCACAGCUGUAUGACCCAUGCUUUGAGGGCAAGUUGCGGAAUGGCUUUGGGCUGGACGAAGAGGGUGAUCGCAUCAGUCAGCGUGUUGCUAUGGCAAUCGCUGGCUCGAGCAUUGGCAUUCGAGGUCUUAAUGUUCCUAUGCUGCCCACUGAAGAGAAUGCUGCAGCAAGGAUGAGGCGGAGCCAAAUCAACAUGGAGUCAACACGAAAUCUGCUGAUGGGUUUUCUGUGGGUGCUAAAAAAUGCAGACCAUGCAUGUCUGCGACAUUGGUGGGUGGAUCUACCCAUGGCCAAACUAUCCAGAAUUCUUGAGAUUCUUUAUUUAGCUGUCUCCAACUUUGAAUACAAGGCCAAAUGGGCCAUCGUGUACCUAGAACAGAUGGCACACCUCUCAUGGUCAGAGGAGACAUUGGAAGAGUGGGGUGACCGAGGGAGCCCUGGCCCCAAUGGGACAGGUGGCCGUCCCAAGAGUCACACCCUGCCCAAAUCCCAGUCGCUCCAUGAACAGUUGUGGGAAGGGAUCCAGCGCAAGUCGCAGGAUCUGCUGCGUGGCACCGGCACCCUCCUGAACCGCAGUCUCAGUAAAGAGGAUUCACCGCAGGGCAAGAAGAUGUUGGCGCAGUACUCACAGCAGACGAUUAAAAAGAGUGUUGACAUGAAGUCCCGCUUGGAAGAGGCUAUUUUGGGCACGGUUAAUGCUCGCACAGAGAUGAUGAGACGACGGCAGAAUUCACAGUCAGGGUUUCCAGGAAAUCGCACUCCUCCACUAAUGCCAGUGGAAAGUGGGGGGUCCAGACUGAGAUGGAGAAAAGAUCAGCUGCAGUGGCGCCACUCCAUGGAGCUUCAGGAUAGCCCCAGGUCUCAGGAACAGGAGGUGGACACACAGGUAGAAGGCAACCUUGCUGCUGAGGUCAGCCUCAUCACCCUGGACACCAUCGAGCUUAUCAUACAGAUUGCACAAGCAUCAGACCUGAUGCAGCCCCUGCUAAGUUCAGCUCUUCGAGUACUCCUGCAUAUGCUGGGACUGAAUCAGAGCUCCCUCGUUCUACAGAACCUCUUUGCAACGCAACGUGCCCUUGUUACCAAGUUCCUGGAUCUGCUGUUUGAAGAAGAGACAGAACAGUGUGCUGAUCUGUGUCUGCGUUUGCUGCGCCAUUGCAGUGCUCCCAUCAGCAACACCCGCUCACAGGCAGCAGCAUCACUCUAUCUUCUGAUGAGACAAAACUUUGAGCUUGGCAAUAAUUUUGCACGCGUCAAGAUGCAGGUGACAAUGUCUCUUAGUUCACUUGUCGGCCAGAAUCAAGACUUUAAUGAGGAAUACCUCCGUAAGUCACUCAAGACAAUUCUCACCUAUGCAGAAGCUGAUGUGGAGCUCCAAGAGACAACAUUUCCUGAACAGGUGCGGGAUCUGGUUUUUAACCUGCACAUGAUUCUGUCAGACACUGUCAAGAUGAAAGAGUUCCAGGAGGACCCAGAGAUGCUGCUGGAUCUGAUGUACCGCAUUGCCAAGGGUUACCAAACUUCCCCAGACUUACGCCUGACAUGGCUACAGAACAUGGCUGGCAAACAUAGCGAGAGGGGCAACCAUGCAGAAGCUGCUCAGUGUCUUGUACAUGCAGCUGGCCUUGUAGCAGAAUACCUCAACAUGAUAGAAGAUCGGCCAUAUCUCCCUGUGGGAUGUGUUGCUUUUCAGAAAAUAACACCAAAUGUCUUGGAAGAAAGUGCUGUGUCUGAUGAUGUGGUGUCACCUGAUGAGGAAGGUAUCUGUACAGGCAAAUACUUUACAGAGAAUGGUCUCGUGGGUCUACUGGAGCAGGCUACAAGCUCAUUCAAUAUGGCUGGAAUGUAUGAAGCAGUAAAUGAAGUGUACAAGAUCGUGAUGCCUAUCCAUGAACACAACCGGGACUUCAAGAAGCUGGCCCAUGUACACCAAAAGCUCAUGGAGGCUUUUCAGAACAUCAUCAGACAGGAAGGAAAAAGGGUGUUUGGAACCUAUUUUCGAGUAGGUUUUUAUGGCAGUAAAUUUGGGGACUUGGAUGGAGAGGAGUUUAUUUACAAGGAACAGAUGAUCACAAAACUUCCAGAAAUAUCACAUCGCCUGGAGAGUUUCUAUGGUGACCGCUUUGGCUAUGAUUUUGUGGAAAUUGUGAAAGAUUCAAAUACAGUAGAAAAAGACAAACUUGAUCCUGAGAAGGCAUACAUCCAAAUCACUUAUGUGGAGCCAUACUUUGAUUCAUAUGAGUUCAAGGACCGAAUCAGUUUCUUUGACAAAAACUACAAACUGAAGCGUUUUAUGUAUGCCACACCCUUCACUCUGGAUGGACGGGCACAUGGGGAGCUACAUGAACAAUACAAGAGAAAGACAAUUCUCACCACAUCCCACUCCUUCCCAUACAUUAAGACACGCCUGUCAGUCGUCGAGAGGCAACAGAUCAUUUUAUCUCCUGUAGAAGUCGCCAUUGAGGACAUACAGAAAAAGACACGAGAACUGGCACAUGCACUGUAUCAAGAGCCACUGGACACAAAGAUUCUACAGAUGGUGCUUCAAGGCUGUAUUGGCACCACAGUCAACCAGGGGCCACUGGAGGUAGCACUUGUGUUUUUAGCAGAAGUGUCAGAAGGCAAGCAAGUGCCAGGCCGUCACCACAACAAACUGCGACUCUGCUUUAAGGACUUCAUUAAGAAAUGUGGAGAUUCGUUGCAUAAGAACAAAUCACUGAUCACUCAUGAGCAGCGAGAGUAUCAGCGAGAACUGGAGCGAAAUUAUCACAGCUUCCGUGAGAAAAUUCAGCCUAUGAUCUCAACCACAGCAAUACGCAAGUCCCGACACCACAAGAGCAAAGAGGGCAAAGAAUCUCGCAGCAAGCGUCAUAUUGAAGGCAAUGUUAGCUCCUGCUGAUUGAAAAGACGGAUAAUGGCUUCCACAUCUUUGAGUUUAGCAUUCUUACUGGAACAGUUUCAAAUAUUCAGACAGUAUUAUAAAAGUGACUUGUUCAAUAUGUACCUGUGAUAACUGGUACCAUGCAGUAUCAGGUAUUGAAACAUUGUGGCACAUCAUAAAUUCUACUUCACCCUCACUUUUGAAUUCUUCCUACAGAUUUUUCAUUGGGGUUGGUGGGUGGGGAUUUGUUUUCUAGUUUUGGAGGAAGUUUUUUUUAAUAAGCUCAUCACUGUCCACCAAAUCAGCUCAAUAAGCAACAUUCUUAGUAGGGAAAAGACUUCUAUCAAUGAGAAGAAAUAUUUUUUUUUUUUUUUAAAACCAAUGUGAAAAUGUGACCAAAAAAUUCACCCGGAUAGAGAUGUACCGACAGUUGUUUCAUCCUUCAUAAUUUAUUUCCAUUUUCUCAUAAGACUACAUUAAAAACUCGUAUUUAUUUAUUUGUAAAACAUUAUGAACUUGUGUGUAUGGUGAGAGAGUCAGAAAGAGAGAGAGAGAGAGCGAUCACAAGAAUCGUAUACAUUAACCAUAGGACUCAGGUCUGAAAUUGAAUGCCAGAGAUUUUAAAUAUAAUCUUAUUGGGUGGUCAAGUUAAAAAUUUUUUUAGUCUGCUUGGAUAGUUAGACAAGCACAAGUUGCUUAUAAUACCAAAUUCAGAUAUUUUAUUUGCAGUGAAUUUUGCCAGAUUUUUGAGCCGUUAUUAUGAAAGUACAUAUUAGCUCACUUGCCACUGGCGCUGUAAUAUGUAAUAGGUCAGCUGCAAUUGUUACUCAUAAAUGAUAAUGGCAAUGAUAGUUGAGAGGAUAGGAAGAAUGCCAAGUCUGUGCUUAUAUCUUCUCAUGCAAUAAGAAAAUUUUUAAAGAGUGGCUUGAUUUACCAUUUUACAACUUUUACUCUGUUGUUUGAUUAUAAAAAAAACGUCACCACCCUUAGGGAUGUCUUUAGCUGAGUCGCUAUGAACACAUGCUAUGUCUGCCAUGGUUAUGGUCAGAAAAGGACAGUCUGAACAUAGUAACUCACAUCGUUUUUUAUACAGAAUUAGCAGCAUGAAUAAGGAGGGUAUGUUUUAGCAUACAAGAAUAUUUUGUGCUCAUUUGUUUAAUAUGUGUAUGCUUGCAUUUAAAUAAUUUCUGUGCACAGUAAAUUAACUUUUUUGUCAAAUGUGUGUGCUUCAUCUCCCAAAUAUGGUAGUGUAAACCUUGCCCAAAGCAUUUUAACUAGCCAUGACAAUGAUUUCUGUGCCAUUGGUUUUAUUUUCAUUGUUUUUUUACUGAAGCAUGAUUAAUGUGCAUUUGGAAAAUCACUGCCAACCCAUUUUUUCUUGCCUUUACAAGUGCACAAGCACAUAGUUUUUAAAUUGAUGCCUUUUAUAAUUAAAUGAUAUAUGUUAAA